UCCUCUUGAGGGGGGAGGAAAUAGGGUUGGCGCCAGGGGCGAGCAGCAGGGGUCUAGGAUGCGAAUCGAUCCCAGCGCGCGAGGUGAGUGAUGGAGCGCGCGCGGCUACUGCUGUGAGGGAUCCUGGAGAUGGCGGAUUAGCGGGCGAGAAGGAGAUGAGCGGAUAUGAGUAGGUUGUCAUUUAGGCCCCGCCCUGUAGACAUACAUAAGAAGCUCCCGAUUGUCAAGUCCGUGAGAGACCUCGACAAUGAGGAUGGGAUUGGAGUGUCGCGGAUGGUCCAGCACGGGCAUGUGGCGCUGGAUUCGGAGAACGAGCUGGUGCUGGCUACACCGGCUAGACGAGGAGGCGCAGAGAUUCCCACGCCACAGUUUGUGUGCGUGGAUACUUACGAGAAGGAUUACUCGCAGACGUUCACGCAGCCACCGUCUUACUUGCGGAGCCGAGGAGCAAGGAAUGAAGGAACUGAGUUUGUGGAGUAUGACUUGGAUGACGAGGACGAAGAUUGGCUCGAGCAGUUUAGCGAUCGCAAGACACUGUCCCACGAGAAAUUUGAAAGAAUUCUCUACAAAAUGGAAUUGCAGGAUCACAAGCUUCGCGAGCGCGUGGGAGGUUUGCCUUCGACACUUGGAAUCCCAAUGCCGGUCAUGCUACAAAAGGAUGGAGCACUGGAGGUCGUGCGUGCUCAGAACAUCCGAUCGCCAACCAUUGCAGGCGCCGUGUAUGACUAUUGGAAAUCAAAGCGAGAGCGCUGGGAGAAGCCCAUACUUCGUCGGUUGCAACCACCCCCACCGGUGAACGACACAAAUCCUUUUAAUGUAUUUAGACCGAGGGAGAAAAUUCAUCGUCCUCACACCCGGCGGAUGCAAAGGCGUGAGAACGACGUCCAAUCCUUUGACAAGCUCCGCCAGGUUCGUCGCAAUCUGGAGCAAGCUAGAGCAUUGAUGCUGGCUGUCCAAAAGCGUGAAGAGAAGAAGCGCGAGCUGGCCGACUGUGAAGGUCACAUCCAGAGGCUCCAAAUCAAGUAUAAGCACGAAUCCAAAGCCGACGAGGACACGUCGUUCCUCAACAGCGCAUCCCUGUUCCCACCAACAGUGCCCCGGAAACUCUUGUUUCCAAAGCGUAGUGACGACUUGCAAGCAGGCACGGACCAGAUGAACGGGGACGCCUACGACUAUGCCAACCCCAUGCUGGAAAACUCCUUAGUGGACAGGAUGGACCCCUUGAGAAAGAAGCGCAAGAAACGCUUACCUCUGUCGAGAGGACGACCAGCUAGAAAGUUCCCGAUUCGAUCCAUCGAUACUAUGGAACCGGUGAUGCUGUUCACGAAGCCACUGGAAGCGAGAGAGUUAGCAGACGCUGGUAUACUGCCACCACAAUUCGAGGAGGAAAGUUACCAGUUCCGUGGUAGGAUGGGAAGGGGCGGGCGGAUUGUUUUUGACCGCUGGAACCCGCUAACAAGAACGAGUGUUGGCAACAACUUGCCGUUUUGCUCACUGGCGAAUUAGGAAGUUGUAACUUGUAGUACCUGUGAUCUAAUAAAAUAAUUUUGUUGUAUGGAAAA